AUGCACGUUAUGAGACGUCUCACUACUGACGGCGCUGCAGAUACCAAACGUGGUGCCUGCCUCUUCCUGAUUGCCUGCCUCUUCCUGAUUGCCUGCCUCUUCCUGAUUGCCUGCCUCUUCCUGAUUGCCUGCCUCUUCCUGAUUGCCUGCCUCUUCCUGAUUGCCUGCUCAGCCAUCCCUCCAUCCCUCCUACUCCCCCUCCCUCCCCGCAAUCCUCCUGUUCAGGUGCUCUUGGGAGCGGGCAUGCUCACGGCGCUUGUCCUCCCCCGCCCCCUCGCCCUCGCCCUCACGGCCGUCGCCCUCCUGCCGCCCAUUCUGCGCACUGCGCUGCACAGCUGGCGCUGGAGCCACGCCAGGAAGGGCGGUUCCGGGGGGGGUGCAUCUGGAAGAGAGGGGGAGACGGGGGAGAAGGGGGAGGGGAAGGCGGAGGGGAAGGGGGAGGGGAAGGCGGAGGGGAAGGGGGAGGGGAAGGCGGAGGGGAAGGGGGAGGGGAUUAAGGGGGACGUUGGAGCUGAGAGGGAGGGGCUUCUGGGGGAGGUGCUACUUGAGGCAGAUAAGGCAAUGGCGAAUGGCAAGGAGAACGGAGUCAGUGGGCGGCACGAGGCGGCAGCUUCCGGAAACUUGUUAUCUGUGAACGGGAUUGAUAUAUUCCAGGGCCGGAUGGCUGGCAAGAUGGAUGGCGACUUUUGUCUGUUUCUGAUCGGGGCGAGAGCUAACAAUCCCUUCCCACUGGGCCCGUCCUUUGCUUCGGUCGGGGAGGUCUUCGGGCAAGCUGUGAGGGAGCUGGAGCAGGAGAGCGAAAAGUUCGGGUACCUGGGGGGCGACUACUAUGUGGGGAUGGACACGACACGUGGCUCGCAGGCAUUGGCUGUCAUGUACUGGCGCUCAUACGACCACCUUGUCUCGUAUGCCAACGACCAGAACCUCGUGCAUGGCUCAGCAUGGAAGCGAAUGACUCGGUUGUUGAGGGACGGCCCUGACAUCGGCGUGUGGCACGAGUCAUAUGCAAUCAAUGCUGGGCACACCCUGGUGUACUCCAGCACCGCAGCAGCCUUAGUCUCCCCAGUCGUAACGAAAACAGGGUUAGUCCCCAACCCCCAGACCUUAUUCCCCACCGUCCGAUCGCCCCCUCCCCUCCUCCUCAGAUGA